GGAGGGGACAGGGAGGGCACGGAGGGCUGGGGCACGGGACACCACUCCAGGCUAACCUGUGCUGCUCUGGAAACUUCUGUGGGCAGCAGGGUGUGAGCAGACAUCGGGUGUAUGCAGGGAGGAGCUCAUGAACAGUUCUUGAAAUAAUCUCUCCUUCACUUGCUGGGGAGGAAAGAGGGACAGAGCCAUCAGCUCCAUGGUGGUGCUCAUUCCCUGGCUGCCAUCCUGGCUGUUUGCUGCAGGAUUUGGGCAGUUCCUCCAUCACCCAGCUGCAUGAGGGCACUUGGUCUGUUCAGCCUGGAGGAGACUGAGGGGAGACCUCACUGAGGUUUACAACUUCUUCAUGAGGUGAGGAGGAGGGACAGACACUGAUCUCUGUGGUGCCCAGUGACAGGACCUGAGAGAACGGCCUUAAGGUGUCAGGGGAGGUUUUGGUUGGAUAUUAGAAAAACAUUCUUCUCCCAGAAGGUGGUCAGGCACUGAAGAGGCACCCCAGGGAAUGUCACAGCACCAAAGCUGCCGGAGCUCAAGAAAAAUUUGGACAAUGCUCUUGGGUGGUGGGAUUGCUGCGGGGGGACAGGAGUGCAUCCAGAAGUUGGAUCUGUGUGGAUCCUUUCCAACUCAGCAUAUUCUGUGUUUCUGUGAAAUUUGGGCUUGCUGUUCUAAUUGGAGAUUUGAGGUGAACUUCUGAUUUUCAGACCAUGCCUCAGAGGACGGUUCAAAGAUAGGGAAUAAGUGGUUAUCACGAGCAAUAAAACCCCACAAGAAUGGACCUUAAAAGUUUAAGGAAAGCAAAUCACCAUUACUGGGGAAUCAGGUCAUAGGUGAUGCUGAUUCACCCUCCAUUUCCAAAGCCUGCACUUGGCAGAGGAACGUGACCAACAGGUUCAUGGACUUCCUGAAAAAUAAUCCAGCCUCAGCUGCCCCCGCUGGCACCGAUCCGUGCUCGGCUGUGCAGCAGCAGGCACCAGUGGUGGUGGCUCAGAGCAGAUAUAAAGAUAUGAGCAUGGAUGUUCAGAAAAAAAAAUCAAAAGAGGGUCUGAAAUUCUCAGCAGUUAGAGGAGGCAGGAUACUGUCCCCACGCUCUGGAUUUUCACAUUACUGGGAGGGGGGUGAGGUCCUGGCGCAGGGUGCCCAGAGCAGCUGUAGAUUCCCCUGGAUCCCUGGAAAUGUCCAAGGCCAGGUUGGAUGGGGCUUGGAGCAACCUGGGACAGUGGAAGGUGUCCCUGCCCAUGGCAGAGGGUGGAAUGAGGUGGGCUUUAAGGUCCUUCCAACCCCAAGCAUUCUGGGAUUCUACAACAUGUUACAUUUAAAGGCAAACUAUGCAGUGUUGAGACAUUUAAAAGUCAAAUUAGGUGUCAUACAUACAACUGUGGUUUACCUGCAGUAAAAAGGAUCCCUGUCAAGAGUAUCACAGCUGAUGGGAUGCAGUACUUCUGCUCAGGAAAUGAAUGAUUAUGUGUUGACAGACAGACAGCUGACAGACUUGGAAAGAAACUGCUCCUCUUGUCGAGAUACCGCUCAUACUGUUGGCUCACCCACAGCCUUUAUGACUCUGCUUCACACACUGGCGAACACAAAAGUAGCUAUUGGAGACCUGACCAGAGGGAGAAACGAUGAAACAACUCCUGAAAGAAAAAAGUGAAAAUUAAUUCUGUGGGAAACGGCUUGAAGAAAGUAGAAAGCAGGCUGCUGUCGCUGGAGGCUCGGUUCGCACAGCUGGACUCCAGCCUGCAGACCCUGGCGCACGACUUUGAGCGGCAGGCCGAGAUGCUGGAGGAGGACCUGAGGCGGGAAGUGCCGUGGGCACCUGCGGCCAGCCAUUCCCGCCCUGCCCAUCACGACAGCAGAGCCCGCCUUCCCCCUGAGGGCCCGCGGCCUCCGUGUCCCAGCAGGCUCGGCGGAGCAGGCGGAAGAGGAGAAGGAGGAGACAGGAGAAGAGAAGGAGGAGGAGAAGAAGGAAGGAGAAAAGGAGAAGGAGGAGACAAAGGAGGAGGAGGCGGAGCCCUGAGGCGGGCGGCGGGAACGGCUCCCGAGUGAGGGGCGGAGCGGAGCCGCCAUUGCGGGAGCCGCGGCCUUUGGCGGCCUCCGGAGCGUAUUGCUGGGCCAAGUGGAAAAAUCGUGAGGACACAGAUGACCCCCACAGUGUCAAGUCAUACAAGGAGGCCCUGAUGUUGUCCUAAGUGCUGCUCCUCUCCCUCAAGUCAGUAUGUCGAAGAUAUCCACGGCCCCGCUUUCCUUGUCCGACUGCCUCUGCCAAAUUUGCAUGGAGAUCUUUGUGGAGCCUGUCACGCUGCCAUGCAGCCAUACCCUCUGUAAUUCCUGCUUCCAGAUGACCGUGGAAAAGGCCAGCCUCUCUUGCCCCUUCUGCAGGCGUCGAGUCUCUUCCUGGGCACGCUACAAUACCCGCAGAAAUACUCUCAUCAACUGGGAGCUCUGGGAGAAGAUUCAGAAGAAUUACCCAGAGGAGUGCGAGCGCAGGAUGAACGGACAGGAUUUGGAUGAGGAGAUCUGUGUCCCCAAGCCGCAGCACCAGCUGAGCAAGCCUGGGGAGCUGAGGCAGGAAUAUGAGGCAGAGAUUAGUAAGGUGGAGGCAGAAAGGCGAGCACAUGAACAGGAGGAGAACAAAGCCAGUGAGGAAUACAUCCAGCGGCUGCUGGCAGAGGAGGAGGAGGAGAACAGGCUGGCAGAAGAGAGACGGAAGGAGAUGGAGAAGCAGCUGAAGGAAGAUGAAGAGCUGGCCUGGCAGCUCAGUAACAGUCUGAAUGAGGAUCCUGAGGGACACGUGCCCGGCAGCCCGACACCAGCACACAGCCUCUCCCUUCAGACAUCCCCACUGAACCUGAGCAAGGCAAAGAACAAACCAAGCAACUCUGGAGACAUUCAGAAGUAUCUGUCUCCAAAGAACUAUAGUAUGUUGGGAUCAGCAUCGUUCUCCAGUACCACAGGAAGAGUCAGGAGCAACUCUGUCUCUGGGGACUCCAACAGCAAUGAAGGCAGCAGUUCUGCAGUGCAGGAUGAGCAAGAGGAAAUGCCAACCCUGUCUCCACAGCUGACCAGUGUAAAUAAAGAUUCUGGAGCUAAGGAUUCAUUUUUGGAAUCAUGCAUGAACUAUUUCAGUGCCUCAGCUUCAGGUGAGACUGCCACUGUCAAGCAGGAAAAAACACCAGGACCAAAUGGUUUAGAAGAUGGAGUUCCAGAUGCACUUCAUGGAACCACAGAAGAGGAAGGGUCUAGGACAGUUCUUCUUAGAUCCAAAGGAGAUGAUGGUGGAAUAGAGUCAGACAGUGGCAAUUUGACACUUGUCCAAAGGGUAAACCUUGAAAAGUCUGAUGAAACUUGUACCUCUGGUCAGUUAGGAAUGAAUUGUGUGAUGUCUGACAGCCAGACUGUGUUGCCUGGCCUGGGGAAGGAGGCUGGACUCUCACAUGAAGAGAUACCAGAGAGGCCACAGAACUCUAAGGAGACUCCCAAAAGGAAGCUAGUGGAGGCCCCAGCUGAUGCCAUGAUUGACUUGGACAUGAUUGACAAGAGGAGAAGAACCUUUUCAGAAAGUGUAGAAGAGCAAGGAGAGCAGAUGAAUGAUUUUAACUUGCAGACACAAAGAGCCUUUGAGCAGGAGUUCUAUGAAAGGCGCAGGCAGGAGGAGCAGGACAGGCUCCUGGCUCUGCAGCUGCAAAAGGAGCUGGACAAGGAGGAAAGGACACUGAACAGACAGAAGGGCUCUCCAGACGAAUAUCUGCUUCGCACCAAACCACCUCGGUGUGGGAAAGCCUCUGCUGCCAGGAAGGAAAAUUCCAAGGGGGCAAAAGACUCAAAGGGAUCAAAAACACAGGCUGAAACCAAUCACCACAAGGCUCGGAAAGGUUCCUGCAAUGAAAACUGGCAGUCCCCUGCCAGGGUCCGGGUGAAAUCCCCCAGCAUCAAGGAAGGAAAGGUUUUGAAUUGUGUGGUUAAUACCAGUGACACAAAUGAUAUUUGUUCACCGCCUAAGAACAAGCAAAAAACAAUCCUGCAGAUGUUUAAAAGCCCUGUUGCAGAGUAGAUCAGAGCCAUGGACAGGUGGUGGAAUGGGAAUGGGAACUGUGGUGAUGUUCUCCUGUGCUAGGCAAAGCUUCCCUAAGCGGUUUUGAGUGGUUGCCUUGGAAGGGAACCACUUUGGGCAGUGGCGCUGUGAGUUCUGAGAAGUUCUAACAUACACACCCAGAAUGUAACGUUUUUUAAUUGUUCCUUUCUUGAAUAUUAUUUUCUAGCACUUGCAGCACUUCUUGCAGGAAUCGGAGCAUUUCUUAUUUUCUAAUUUGCAUUUACAUGGUUUGGAAUGUGAAUACUGGCAGUGUUGGAAAGCAAUGAUAACUGAUGGUCUGAUCUGAAAAUGAGAAUCUGAAGCCUUUAAUGGAAAAGAUGCACAUUCCAUGGAGGAAACAAAUGAAAAACGAGUCUGUAUUCCCAGCUGGCUGUCAGCUGCAAGGUUGAAGCUUCCCUCAGCACAACCACUGUUCUCUAAAUUGAAGCACCUUGCUGGAAUUUAGGCUGUUGCUGGAAUUGCAUUGUUGGCACACCCAUUAACACUAGUGUAAGCAGACAGCCACUCUUUCACUCUCAUGUGCUAACCCCUCCCUCAGACAAAGAGGAAAGAAACAGGUCAUUCUCCCCUGACAAAGCCAAGGAUCUUUUAUGGAUGCCAAGGCUGUGGGCAUUCCCCUCUGUUCACAGAGAUCCCUCCUGCAGAUCCCAUUUUCCCUGUUGUUAAGAACAAGAUUCUUUUGUUGUUAAUGUCCUGUUAAUGGUACAUAUGAAUGUACAGUGGUGUUACUAUACUUAAUGCUGUUUCAUUUUCAUACUCUAACUGGUUUGAGUGUGAUUAAAACAAUAGUCCAGAAGCCAGUUAUGAUGGAGAAAGUUAAAGGGGAAAGAAGCAACUGAAGACUGGAGUUCAGUAAUGACAUAACUGUAAUUAGAGAUUCACAUAACUGCCCUGCCUGGCUGUAACUGUUCCCUUCCACUUUUAGAGGGCACUACUAAAUACUGUUCCUGUUGGCUUUAAAACUAAAACAACUCAAAAAAUACUGUAAUUUAGGCAUGGAGGUGCUGAGGCCUGUAGGAAGUUGAGGCUGAGGAAGAGGCAACCAGAUCCUACUAUGCAGAGGAAGUUUUGCUAAUUGCUUCAUCUGUUUUAUGAAGCCAUAUUUUGGCUUUUCUUUGCUUCUUCUGAGCUACUUUUGCACUGUCUGUGUUUGAAAUGGAGCCAAGUGCCAGCUGCAGUGCUGAAGGGUGUGUGCUAGUCAUCAAAAUCAGCAGAUGUUUGAGUUUUGUCCUUUUUUUGAACCCCAUUGAUGACUUUAAUUCUGUUCUAGGAUAUUCCUAGCAGACUUGUUUCUUCAGCAGCAUCUUCUGAUGGUUUAAGUUUUAAAAAACCAAAUUUUACGGAAAGCAUGACCAGCACACUGAGUCAAAAAUAAGAAUUGUUGGGAUUUUUUUUCCCCCAAAGCCUGCACAUCUUAUCAUUGGUGGGCUCCUCAUAAAUAAAUAAAUAAAUGUUCUGUUCAGAGAUGUUUUUUGGGAAAAUUACAACAGGUAACUAGUGGCAAAUCCUUUGCUUUUUCUCCUGCUGCCUCAGCCAUUGUUCUGGAAGCUUUUCUUCAGUAUGUUCUUCCUUAAUCCUUAACACAGUUGGGAUUAUUUUCUGGUUGACCCAGUUGGGAUUAUUUUCUGGUUGACCCAUGAUGUGAAAAAAACUUAAUUAAAGGGUUUUUUGUUUUUU